AUGGAUAAGUCAUGGAUGCAUGCUGAUAGAAGAUCAAAGAAGUUUGAGGUAGGAGUAGCAGAGUUUCUCAAGUUUGCCGAGUCUAAUGCCAAUAACAAAAACAAGAUUUCUUGUCCUUGCUUGAAAUGUAGUAACACGGAGGGAUUUUCUGUUGGAGUUAUUAAGGAUCAUAUAUUUUGGAAUGGUAUUAACGAAAGUUAUAAGCAUUGGAGGUGGCAUGGGGAAGCUGCUACAUCUGCUAUGAAUGACAAUAGAGUUGAAUCUGAAACUGUAGAUUGGGAACCUGGGAUGGGGGAGAAUGAUUGGGGCUUUGGGGAAAGUGAGGAUGAGCAGAUUUCCGAAGACUCUAAUGAGUUUUUGAAGUAUGUAGAGGAUGGGGAUCAACCUUUGUACCCUGGUUGUACGAAGACAACCAAGCUGAAUGGUCUGAUUCAGACCUUCAAUUUGAAAGCAAAGCAUGGAAUGACCGAUGCUUGCUAUUCAGAUAUGCUUAUCAUGAUUGGGGGUCUGCUUCCUGAAGGGAAUCAGGUUCCUUUGUCUUUGUAUGAAGCGAAAAAGACACUUAGUGCUUUAGGGAUGGAGUAUGAAAAAAUUCAUGCAUGUCCUAAUGACUGCAUCUUGUAUAGACAGCAGCAUGCAGAUGCACUCAUCUGCCCCAACUGUGGUGUUCCAAGGUGGAAAUUGGGUAGGGAUAAAACUGUGAAAGAAGGGAUACCUGCAAAGGUUUUAUGGUACUUUCCACCAAUCCCAAGGUUCAAACGAUUGUAUCAAUCGACCAACACAGCUAAGAAUCUUACUUGGCAUGAGUUUGGUAGAAAGAAAGAUGGAAUGAUGCGACACCCAGCUGAUUCUCCUACUUGGGAAUUACUUGACAAGCAAUAUCCAGAAUUCAGUAGCGACCCUAGAAACCUCAGACUAGCUCUAUCUUCUGAUGGAUUUAACCCGCAUAGUUCUCUAAGCAGCAAGUAUUCUUGUUGGCCAGUUAUACUGGUCACAUAUAACCUUCCUCCAUGGCUUUGUAUGAAGAGGAAGUUUAUGAUGUUAACAUUGUUAAUAUCGGGACCAAAGCAACCUGGUAACGAUAUAGACAUCUACUUGCAGCCAUUAAUAGAUGAUCUGAAAAUAUUGUGGGAUGGGGUUGAGGGAGUAUACGAUGCACUAAGAGGGGACUACUUCAAAUUGAAAGCGGUGCUGCUGUGGACUAUUAAUGACUUUCCCGCAUACGGGAACUUGUCUGGUAGCAUUGUUAAAGGAUACAAUGCUUGUCCAAUAUGCCUUGACCAGACUCGACCUCAUAGGUUGAAGAGAGGUAAAAAAAUGGCAUUCAUGAGGCAUCGCAGGUUCCUACCUAGACAUCAUCCGUAUAGGAAACAGGCUGCUGCUUUUGACAACACCAUAGAGGAGGACCUACCUCCUCUACCAUUAACCGGAGAGGAGGUGUUUUCUAGAGUAGAGGGUCUGAAUUGUGUGUGUGGGAAAAAGAAACGCUCUCCUCCUGCCAAGGGUGUUGAAGAGCAAGGGAGACCUUGCUGGAAGAAGAAGUCUGUCUUCUUUGAACUAGAGUACUGGAAAUAUAUUCCGGUACGACAUAAUCUCGAUGUCAUGCACAUUGAGAAGAAUUGCUGUGAUGCCAUCAUUGGUACGCUGCUGAACAUUCCCGGGAAGACAAAGGAUGGGGUUGCAGCGCGUUUGGACAUGGUGGAAAUGGGUAUUAGGGCUGGUUUGAACCCAAAAGUUGGUGCCAAAAGGGAUAAAUUACCUCUGGCUAGUUGGAACUUGAUGCUUGCUGAAAAAAAAAUAGUUUGUGGCUCUUUUUUUGAAAUGACAGUUCCUGUUAGGUUUUCGUCAAAUGUAAGGAAUCUUGUCUCUAUGGAGGAUUUAAAACUUGCUGGUCUGAAAUCGCAUGACUGUCACACUAUCAUGCAGAUUCUUCUUCCUGUUGCUUUACGUUCUGUUCUUGAGAAGCCGGUUAGGUAUGCAAUAAUCCGCUUUUGCCUUUUCUUCAAGGCAAUAUGUGCUAAAGUGAUCGAUGUUUCGAAGCUGGAAAAAAUGCAAGCAGACUUGGUUGUUACUGUUUGCUUAUUGGAGAAGUAUUUUCCGCCUUCAUUUUUCGACAUUAUGAUCCAUCUAACUGUGCAUCUCGUACGAGAAGUUCAGCUUUGUGGUCCAGUAUUUUUUCGGUGGAUGUACCCCUUCGAGAGGUACAUGAAAGUCUUUAAAGGGUGGGUUAGAUGUCGAAGGCAUCCUGAGGGAUGCAUAGCAGAGUCUUAUAUUGUUGAAGAGGCUGUUGAGUUUUGCACUGAACGUAUGCUUAGUGAUGCUUCUACUGCUGGAAUCCCUGAAAGUUCCAAACCACGAGCCCGUAAUGCAUCCAAACCGCUAUCAGGCGCUACCAUGAUUUCUGUCUAUGGCAAGGAGAUGCAUGAAGCACAUCUGUGUAUAUUGCAGAAUACCGAGGAUGCAAGUCCUUAUUUCAUUGAACAUCUGGAAUUGUUGAAGCUUCUCAAUCCAAGGUUUUCCAAAAAUGAAAAGUGGCUCAAGGAUAAACAAAACAAGACCUUUUCUGUCUGGUUAAAAGAAAGGGUUUCAAAUGAACUGCAGUUUCCGGACAAUAAUGUUUCGGAAACAAUGAGGUGGAUGUCAAGUGGACCGAAUCAUGUAGUGCCGACCUUUAGUGGAUACCAGGUUAAUGGUGUUGAUUUCAACACUAAGGAGCGGGACAAUGUGCGAUCAGUGCAAAACAGUGGGGUUUUUUUGGUGGCUGAUGCAAUGCAAGUUUCUAGUGCAAAGGAUAAAAAUCCCAAAACUAAUGAUAUGGACUUCUAUGGUGUCAUACAACAAAUAUGGGAGGUGGACUACUACAAGUUUAGGGUACCGUUGUUUAAAUGUGAUUGGGUUGAGAAUGUUAGGGGCAUUAAAGUAGAUGAACUAGGGUUUACAUUGGUAAAUCUGAAUAGGAAAGGUCAUCUUAAUGAUGCUUUUGUCUUAGCUAGCCAUGUUAAGCAAAUAUUUUACAUUGAGGAUCCCCUCGAUCCUCAAUGGUCAGUGGUUGUAAGGGUCCCAGAUAGAGACUAUCAAGGGACUGAUUCAGAUGAGGAGUUAGAAGAUAUUGAAGUAGAACAACAGCCAUUUGAAGCAACAAUGCCAUCGAUCGAGACUUUUGAUAAUAUAGAUGGUGAUCAGCAUAGCAAUUAUAUGCGUCCUGGAGAUGAAGCAAUAUGGGUGGAAAAUGACUGCAAUCAACGUGGCUGA